AUGUUUCCUGGACAGGGCAAUCAUACCUAUAACAAUCAAAACAAGAAUUAUAGUAAUAACCAAUAUAAUAAUGGCCCACCACAGAACAACUACAAUAGUGCUCAUGCUGCAUAUUCUAGACCGGGAAUUCCAGUCCCUGGUCCACGUCCACAUCCGUCAAGUAAUGAAUUAAAUAAUAAUAAUAAUGGGAUAAUAGGAGGAAGAAAAAGAGAUGAAGGAGGACAAUAUCAGCAACAAUAUUCUAGACCACCAAAUCCAAUUAAUAAUCAAAACAACUACACUAACGGCUCCAACAGCAGCAAUAACUACUCUUCCGCACCUUUACAACAACAACAAUAUCAGAAUUAUAGUGAAAAUGUUCCAUCUAAUUAUGUUCAACCUCAAAACAUUUCUCGACCACCUCAACAACCACAAUCUUUCCACUUAAACAAUCAACAAACACAACCAUCAUUCCAAUAUUCUCAAUGUACAGGUAAACGUAAAGCUUUAAUCAUUGGUAUCAAUUACAUUGGCUCUUCAAAUGCAUUACGUGGUUGUAUCAAUGACGCACACAACAUUUUCAACUUUUUAUCUCAACGGUAUGGAUAUUCCCCCCAGGAUAUUGUCAUUUUAACAGAUGAUCAACAAGAUCCCGUUCGUCAACCAACAAAGGCUAACAUUAUAAGAGCUAUGCAAUGGUUAGUUCGUGAUGCUCAACCUAAUGAUUCACUAUUUUUCCAUUAUUCAGGACAUGGUGGUCAAACAAAGGAUCUUGAUGGAGAUGAAGAUGAUGGAAUGGAUGAUGUUAUUUAUCCUGUAGAUUUCCAGAAUGCCGGAGAAUUGAUUGAUGAUGAUAUGCAUGAUAUUAUGGUUGAACCUUUGCCACAAGGUGUUAGGUUGACUACAUUGUUUGAUUCAUGUCAUUCUGGAACUGUUUUGGAUUUACCAUAUACUUAUUCUACAAAGGGUGUUAUCAAAGAACCAAAUAUGUGGAAAGAUGUUGGUGGUGAAGGUUUACAAGCUGCCAUGGCUUAUGCUACGGGAAAUCGUGCUGGAUUGAUUCGAUCAUUAGGAUCAGUAUUUAAAACUGUGAAAAACUCAGUGGGAAAUAAUGUUGAUAGAGAGAAGAUUAAAGAAGUGAAAUUCUCUCAAGCUGAUAUUAUUAUGUUAUCAGGUUCAAAAGAUAGUCAAACUUCAGCUGAUGCUGUCGAAGAUGGACAGAAUACUGGUGCGAUGUCUCAUGCUUUCAUUAAAGUUUUAAGUUCACAACCUCAACAAUCGUAUCUUUCUUUGUUACAAAAUAUGAGAAAAGAAUUGGCUGCCAAAUAUUCUCAAAAACCACAAUUAUCUGCAUCACAUCCAAUUGAUUGUAAUCUGCAAUUUAUCAUUUAA